AACCUCUUUCUCACGAAUUCCUCUACCACGAAAACUGCUCCUGCUAUUUCCAAAGAUUUAGAUCUAAAAUGGAAGCUGGGUUGCUAAUGCUCUUUGCCGGUGAGGAACAAGAGAGCAAAACAUAGGGAGAAGCGGUUGUUGGGUUCGCGGCUGAGGGUGUCUCAUCGUUCCCUCGUCGACAACAUUUGUGACGGCGGCUGGUAGAGAGAGCCGACGAACCGGCGACAAUCUCUAGCAGAGAAAUCUUUUUGCCGUAGAAGAUCGCAUCGGCUAGGAGUAGGUGACAGGCGCUUCGCUACUCGCACGUGGAACUCCUUGUGCUCCCUCUCUCCUUUGCGGUUUCUCGUUGCAACGCCAUCUCUGCUCUGCUCUGAAGUUGUUGGAGGUCGGGUUUUCGUACUGGAGCGGCAGAUCUGCGACAGUCAUUGAUCCCUUAAUGGAUUGCGGCGGGGACAGAUCUGACUAGUGAUUCUUGGGAUAUUAUUAGUGAUUUGUGUUUAUUUCUGAUCUCUAAUGAUGGCGAGCACUAAUCUUAACGAUGGAAAAAUUGGGUACUGUUUGCUUCUGGGAUACUAACGUUAGUAGUGUUUUUCUAGUAGCAAUUGUGUAGUAUUGAUACUUAUGUUAGUAUGUUAGUAGUGUUCUUCAGUAGCAAUUGUGCAGCACUGCUACUGAUUCAUUUUAAUAAUGAAUAUGUCAUCCUUCCUUUCUAAAAGUUAGCAAUUACUACUAUAGAGUACAUAAUCACUACUGAUAGUUUUUUAAACACUAAAAAAAAUACAAAAUCACUACUGGAACACACAAAGAUCACUACGAAUAUAAGUUGUAGUAAUUUUUCGGUAGUACAUUUUUUACGUUGGAAAUCUAUAAUUAAAAAUAAGAGAAAUAUAUUUCAAAAUUUAAUUAAUUUAUUAAAUUUUAAUUUGUCAAAAUACCAAAUAUGCCCCUCAUUGCUACUCACCGUCAGAUCUAGACAUAAAUAUUGAAUGAUGAUUAGAGUGAUUAGCACGAUGCUAACCCCUAUGAAAUUAGCACUCUAACUCCUCCCGCGGGCCACUUAUCUCGUGCUAUACUAUGUCUUCUGCUAGGCUUCUUCUUCUUCCCUCUUCUCUCACCAUCCCAGUUGAAGAUGCAAUUGCCAUGUCUCCAUCUCUGCAACUGCAAGACCUUGUCGCCGAGCCCUCUAUUAGGGUUCCGACACAGCCUCAGAUUGGACCACGCCUCGCCCAAUCUCCAUUUUCGCCGGAUUUCCCGCUACGAACCGAGCCAUAGGAGGGCGAAUUGCCAUAGCAAACGUCAUGAGCGCCAUAGCACGAAUUCCCGGGACCGAGCACCGAAACCGAAGGGAAAGAAGGAAAAUAUUUGGAGCCUCGACAAUGAUAUGGCGAAAUCAACGGCUGGGAGAGAGAACGAAAGAUCGAAGCACGGGAGGAAGAAGAAAGGAGGGCGUGCGGUUCAGGGGGAACGGUCCAGAGGGGGAAGUAUCAUGGUCUCUGGUGCCUUGCUUAUGGAGGUUGAGACUGUCCUCCAGACUCAGGAACCUGUGAUUAGGCCUCUCUGGAAUACUUUUGAAAGUAGCGUGAGUGGGAUAUGGAAAGGGGUUGGGGCAGUUUUCUCCCCCAUCACAGCUGAAAUGGAGCCCAUUGAAAUUGGGAAGAAGGGGAAAGAGGUUUAUGACUGCUACACUCUUUCGCGCAUUGAAGCUGUGCCAUCUCCAUCUAAAGGGCAGCCGUCUCAAAUACAUAGAAAGAUAAAUUGGGCGACUUUCAAUCCACAAGGAAAUCAGAUGUUGCCUAAUUAUGAGUCUUUUGACUUGAAAUCGAGUGAUGUGAUGGAAGAAGAUGUGAUGGGCAAUGAACCUGGUCUGGUUUUCUUUGAGGAUGGAUCAUAUUCAAGAGGCCCCGUCAUGAUUCCAGUUGGUGAAGUUGAUGAUUCCAACUACUUCAUGUCUCCAACUUUUAAAUUUGAACAGUGUUUGGUCAAAGGUUGCCACAAGAGACUGCGUAUUGUGCAUACUAUUGAGUUUAGUCAAGGAGGUGCAGAUGUGCAGAUACUAAGAGUUGCCGCAUAUGAAGAACAGUGGGCCAGUCCUGCUAAUUUUGACGACCUAAGUGACGCAGAAUUUGAUUUGAAGCCAUUUUCACAGCGGAGAAGGUUGCGGCCAUCAGAGCUCAUUGGAUCCUGGAAAGUGUUUGAGAUGAGUGCUACUCCAAUUUUUGGUCAGGAGAUUAUAUCGGACAUCAACGACAAUGGUUCUUCUCCGUAUGUCUACCUUUGCACUGAGACCUUGAAGAAGCGGAGCCUGCCAGGAAAUUCUGUCCAUUUUGGUGAAGAAGAGAUGUUAGAUACGCAAGAUGUGACGGUUCUUUGGCUCCCAGGUGGUGUGACAGCUUAUGUCGAUGUCAACAAGGAAGGCAUCCUUUGCAUUGGUGUUGGCUGGUAUUCAGAUGAAGGCAUAAACCUUGUGAUGGAAAGGGAUUAUGAUCUGGAUGGAAACUUGAAAGAGGUUCGCUCCAAAACUGAACUCAAACGACGAUGGUCUGAUUAAUGCCGAGUUGGCUGGUAUACGGAUGAAGGCAUAAACCUUGCGAUGGAAAGGGAUUAUGAUCUAGAUGGAAACUUGAAAGAGGUUCACUCCAAAACUGAACUCAAACGACGAUGGUCUGAUUAAUGCUGAGUUGUGACGCUACGUAGUAGGAACCCUCAACUGAGUGAAACAGGUUGUUGGCAUAACAAGAGAUUGUUUUUUGUGUUUCGCCGUUUGUUUACAUUCCAAAAAUGUGACCAACAGAGAGAAAUCGCAUAAAAUAAUAUUUGGAUUGGAUCGUCAUAUGUAGCAUAGUUCUAUUCCAAAAUUCUCUUGAAGUCCACUCGACGCACAAUAGUACAUACCCACACAUGCUUUCACAAUCGUCAACAGUCUAAAAGCUCAAUUAACCAACACUACUACUUUCGAAGAGAUCGGACAAAUGAGAAUUAAGUGCACCAAAAACUUGGUUACAGAAUCCCAACCAAUGCCAUGCUCAAUGUGAAUUAGAUGGGUUUGAUCUUGAAGUGGAGCGAAAUGAGGGAGAAAACAAAGCACUUCAGAUCCUGCAAAGCAUGAAAUCGUCAUGAUUACCAUCAUAAAAGUAUAGCAGGAUGAAGAUCUCAAGAUCAACACCAAGAUGGAAGAAUAGAUUGCUUUUAUCCUAAGGUGUCAAAUAUUCAACAAAGAUCAACACCAAGA